AUGGAGAUCCUGGACAUCCCGUCCGCCAUGGUGGGCAAGCUGAUCGGCAAGGCGGGCGAGACGAUCCGCAACCUGCAGCUCUCAACCGACACCCGCAUCCAAGUGGACCAUGCCGCGGAGGGCGACACCAAGCGCGUCACCAUCUCCGGCAUGAGCGCUGAAGCGGUGGCGCGGUGCAGGGCCGAGAUUGCCACCAUCCUGCAGGAUGAGGAGACCAAGGAGGAGCUCGACUGCCCCGCCGGCAUCGUGGGCCGCAUCAUCGGCCGCGGCGGCGAGACCAUCCGCGCCCUGCAGUCGGCCAGCCAGGCCCACAUCACGGUGGACCAAAACUUCCCCGAGGGCCAGCCGCGCAAGAUCAUCGUGCAGGGGCGCCCCGACGCCUGCCAGAAGGCGUCCAUGAUGAUUCGGGAGCUCAUCAACGGGGAGCCGGGGUCCGCGCAGGCCAUCAUCCAGCGCGUGUGCGCAGAGCAAGGCAUCGGCAAGACGCAUGUGAUGAGCUGCCCCAAGGGCAUCGUGGGCCGCAUCAUCGGCCGCCAGGGGGACACCAUCAAGCAGCUGCAGCGCGUCACCGGCGCCACCAUCCAGAUUGACCAGAGCACCGACCCCUGCCGCGUCACCCUGGCCGGCCAGCCCUCCAGCUCGGACCAGGCGAAGCGCAUGAUUGAAGACAUCAUCGCUGGCGGCGAUCCUUUCCACCCCGGCGGUCCAGGCGGCUUUGGCGCCCCUCCCUUUGGCGCACCCUACGGCGGCCCCGCCGGCCCCGGCUUUGGCGGCCCCGGCUUUGGCGGCCCCUACGGCGCGCCCUUUGGCGGCUUCCCUCCCUAUGGCGGCGGCUUUGCUCCCUACGGCGGCGCGCCCUACGGCGGCGCACCCGGCUACGGCGCACCCGGCGGCUACGGCGCAGCUGACCCGUACGCGGCGGCUGCCUCUGGCGGCUACGGUGCGGCCGGCGCUGCUGGCUACGGCGCGGCCGGCGGCGCGGCGGCCGGCGGCGGCGGCCAGUGGCAGGAGCUCCAUGAUGACCAGGGGCGGCCCUACUACUACAACCCCGCCACUGGAGUCACCCAGUGGGAGAAGCCCCCGGGCAUGUAA